AUGUCUGCCACCUAUUACUCCAAUGCGAGGUUAUCACAGUCAUACUCCAAACCUCGCAAAAUCCUACGCUCGCCGGAUCGCAAUAUCGCUUUUCGAAAUCAAUACAUCGCCUGCACAAAGACAACCCUGGUACUCAGACCCUUCGGUAGUCCUCAGUCUGCCGUCGCAUAUAAAAUUACCGAAGAGGAUGGAUCCGUGCAAUUUACGGUGACUGGUCGCAAAUACACCGAUCGCUCGUGUCGAGAGUUCCGCGAUGCCUCGGGUCUGCCGCUCUUCGAGCUCCAUCGCAAGUGGUCAUGGACGAAUAGUUGGUCGGUUAGCUUGCCCGGGUGUGACACCGCGACGAUAGCUACUGGCACUCCGCGAUGGAACUUGGGUAAGGCCUCUUUUGGGAAUUUCAAUCUCUCGUUUGAGAAUGCGGCGGCGUGGGAGGGGAAGCGGGUUGAUGAGAAAACGCUCACUCUGCAUGUUGAGCGACACGGAUAUGCGCUGGCGCUGUUCGAUAUCGUGGAUGGGGAUAGGAAGGUCGCUGAAGUCCGGGAAAGCAUUCAUCAUAAUGAGAAGCUGGCAUUGAUGAGAGGCUCAAGGCAGGGAUAUCGGCCGGCUCUCGAUAUCAUUAUAAUGCCGGGAGUGGACAUCUCAAUGGUCGCUACGGUUGCAGUGAUUGUGUCCGAUUGGGUGUUUGGUUCCAGUUGA